GUCUGGGACUGACUGUAAGGGCUGCCGGGAGAUGCCGCCGUCAUAAACAGGCAGAUGAAAAUACAGAAUAAACUCAUUCAAACGGCCCUGACAGGUAGGGACCACGCACUUGUUACAACGAGUCGGAGGAGCGAUGUCGAAUUGUUCUGUUUGCACUGCAUAUUGUUGUUAAAGUCGGCGGCAAGCCUUCGGGGACGGCAAGCUAACGUGUAGUCGGCUAGCAAUAGCAACUAGGAGGCGGUGGGUGCCAUAGCAACCGUUUAGGAAACAUUACUGUGAUGUUAGCGAGCGCGGACGGUACAUGCUAACCUUGGUUUGUUAUGCUAGCGUUCAACAAAACAUUGGAGAUACUUAAAUGUACCAUUCAGCGUUUUCGGGCUAAGCAAUGUCACAACAUCAUCAUCUGCCUUGCAUCGUCGCUCACAUUACGUAGCUGUCACCCCGCUUCUUGCUUUAAAGUAAGCUGUUGGCGAUGUCAAAGUGUUGUAACGGUAUCGUGUUGAGUUGGGCUAACUUGGCUAACGGUAGUUUGCAUUGCAUGCAGUUAGCUGACGAGUUAGCCACCGAGGGCCGAGCCGCAAACUUGGAUUAUCUCAACGUCCCCUUUAUAAAUACCACAGUGUAAAUGUUUUAUAUCUCUAAUUUAUUUUGCCCUGGCAGACCUUACGUGAUGUUAGCUAAACGUAGCGUGACUUUAUUCCUCUUGUCUGGGAUCAAUCUGAUUGUUACUGAGUGAUCAGCUGAUUCGUCGCUGUUAAUGUUAGCUUAGGCGUUAACUUAGCCUUCACAUUUGUUAACUAUUUUUUCUUACAGAUAAUAGUCAAUGUUAGCAGUACUAUUCAAUGUUUUAGGUGCAGUUGAGAAAUAUGGACUUCAUAGUGGCUUGAUUUCACCGACGAGGUAGUUUGUUGCCAGUCAUGCUUUUAUCUGGGGUAGUUUAGAUGAUUUAUAACGACCUGCCAUAACAUUAUGAGCGCCUGAACGCUUUAAUGUAAUCAUGUGUUGUAGCUGUAUUAUUAAGUUCACUUUUAUGAAGCUCUUACAUUUACAAAUCUUUAUAAUCAUUUUGUUGAGGUUGGGUGUUUGUGUUGUACUGAAGUGCAUAAUACUGUAAGGUGUUCCUAAUAUUUUGUGUGUCAGUGAGCUGGACAAAAUUGUGGGAGCACCUUUGAAUAAAACAAACUCCAGCAAACCAUCACCGCUAAUUAUUUUGUCUUCAAUAAUGAAUACAGGGUACGAUAAUCACCUGUCUGAUCAUUUCAACAAAAACAAACAACAACAAAAAAUUGAUUUUGGAGUAGACCUGUUGUUUUGCUUGAAGUAGAUUGCCCAGGUGUUAUGGCUGGAUGGUGUAUCUUCAUUACAUUAAGAUAUCACAACUACUGAAUUUGGCCCCAUGCAAUACUAACUCAGAAAGUGAAAUUAAUCUGUUGAUGUGAGAUCGUGAAGUGUUGUGAAAUUGUACCACCACCUGUACAACCUGUUUUUAUGCAUCCUCCAAACCUCUGAUACAACUGUCAUUUCAUAUUUUAUUUUUAACUAGUAUGGAUGCUGAAGACUGCAAUGGCCAGUCUUACAUACCAGGUAAAAUUCUUGUCCAUGUCCUCACACAUAUACUCUCAUGAACAGUUUUGCUGGUUAAAAGAAUGACAGAGGUGCUUUUUUUUCCCUCAGCUGGUGGAGACUCUUCAAUGGAAAGGGAGUUUUCUGGGGCACUUGGAGGUCCGACAGUGAGCACCCCAAAUAGCAAAGAGGCCUCUCCAAGUCGCUCCCUCAGUGGUCAGUGAGGAAAUAAGUUUAUAUCCUACAAAUGGACAAAGCAACUCAGUAUACUCAGUACAGUAUUUCAUUGUGCUUGUGACAAUGUUUUAUGAAAUGUUAAAAAAGCUGUGUAAUGGUUAACACUUAAUUACAUUAUUAUUUAUUAUCCAGAUCACACUUAACUCAUCUACUGAUAUUAAUUUUUAGAUUAAUUCACUGAGUGGGCCUUUUUUUCUGUCAUUUUUAUCUCAGCAGUUUGUUGACAGGUAUGUAAAUACGCAGUAUGUUAGCUCAUUCAAGGCCUUUUUGUGUUUUUCCUUUUAGCCAACUCUAUUAAAGUGGAGCUGUACAGCGAUGAAGACCUAGGUCGCAGUACUGAAGACGAGAGAGGGGAGCGGAUAGAGGAAGGAGGACCUGAGCACGGUUCUGAGCCAGCUGGCGGAUACAGGGAGCCUACCAACUCUGAGGGUUUACCCACUGGGGCCACAAGGACACCAAAUGGAAAGCUCAUGUGUGACAUCUGUGGAAUGAUCUGCAUCGGGCCUAAUGUUCUCAUGGUACACAAACGCAGCCAUACAGGUGACUGAUCAUUUGAGUUCUGAUCAAGCAGCUCUGUGAGAAACAUGCAUUUACUGAGAAGAAUAGUUAAUAAAAACAAAUUAGAUUUGGUACAGACAUAUGACAGUAUCUCUUGAAUAAUGGUAAAAUUUGUUAGUUCUAAAGAAAAGAUCAUUUCCACUGGAAAGUUUUCUGAUUGCCCUUAAAUCAACAGAUUUAAUCUAUUUCCAGGUGAGCGACCAUUCCAGUGUAAUCAGUGUGGUGCCUCCUUCACCCAAAAGGGCAACCUGCUCCGCCACAUCAAGCUGCACUCUGGGGAGAAGCCAUUCAAAUGUCCCUUCUGCAGCUAUGCCUGUCGAAGACGAGACGCACUAACCGGCCACCUUCGCACUCAUGCAGGUAGGAAAGAUACAUGUUCAGAAAGAGAACUUAUUUUGUCUGAUGAGGGUGUAGAACAGCAGGAAUAAUACCGCAUCUUCCCACUUUGGCCCCAGUGACCUCUCCGACUGUAGGGAAACCGUAUAAGUGCAGCUACUGUGGUCGUAGUUAUAAGCAGCAAAGCACCCUGGAAGAGCACCGUGAGCGCUGCCACAGCUACUUACAGAGUUCGGAGUCACAACAGUCAUCAAGUGCUCAGAAUCAAGGUACAAUUUAUGGUCAUAUCUUAAAAUGGCUUGCCAGAGGUAGAUCACAUUUUCGUAGUUCGGGGCUUUAAAUCAGUCUUGCAAACUGCCUUAACAAGGAAAAAAAUCAACCUUGGUGUCCUCUCUAUCUAAUUUCUGGUGUAGAUUCUUACAAACACCAGCCUCCGCAUUAAGUAUUUAGGAUAAAUGCUGUCUGGUUAAUGAGAAAACAUCCCGAAUGACAUUAGAAUUUUUUUGUAUUCUGUGCAGGAGAGGAAAUGAGAGAGCUAGAGUUUAUACCAGACUCUCUACUGCAGCCCUCCUCAGACAAGAUGGCAUUUAUUGAUCGGCUCGCCAACAGUAUCACCAAACGCAAGAGAUCCACACCACAAAAGUUUGUAGGUGAGCAUUUGAUACCGGUGUGUAACGCCUUAGAAAAAUGAAUUAGACACCACUUCCAAUACUACUGAUCUCUUUGAGUUAGUGAUGUGACCAUUGCUUUGUUUUGACUCUUGUCAGGAACAGUUGCACCCAGUAAACAAUAAAAUGAACAAAUGAGUGAAAAAAUCCUUAUGACCUCAAACCUAAGUUCACUCAAAGACAAUUAGAUUUUGUUCAGGACCUGCACUACCUGGAGUUUUCUUUGUUUCUUGAGGCCCUACAAAGAGGCACGUGGAAUACCAACCUGAUUUGGUUGCAUAAGUUUGUUUUAAAAAAUGAAUGAACAAAAUGUGUUACUAUAUAAAAUAGAGGAAGUUGACCAAGCGUCCAAAACUACUCUGAGAAAUUAACCUACCUGGGCAAGCUUCUUUUUUCCCUUUAACAUGCAGUUUUAAGGUUCUCCAAGACCUUCAUAGCCGAUCGUGAUAAUGUUGUGUUUCCUUCUGCAGGACAGAAGCACAUGCACCUCAACCUGGCAGAUGCACCUUAUGAGCUCAGUGCUGGUUUGGAUAAAGACAGGAAGAUGCACACAGGGGACUUUGAAGCUCAACACUUCACUGGUUUGGGAGGAGAUUAUGCAAAUGUAGUAGGUAAUGGAGGAGAUACACUGAGGCCCCUACACCUUCCCUCAACUCACCCAUCAUGUUUGUCAGAACUUAAACCAAUCCACAGCUCCAUUCAUCCCUCUGUGGCUCUAGGCCCGAGGUUGGAUUGUACAGGUACUGGAGCUGGGAUGGGAGCUGCUAGUGUUGGAGGGAGGGAAGCGGCAGAGGGUCAUGAGGACCUGCCAGUGGCACGGAGUCAUGCACCAUCUCCUAGCAACGGCUGCCAAGACUCUACUGACACAGAGAGCAUGCUUGAUGAGCCAUGCAACAGCACUGCGCCUACUCCAACCUUGCACAGCAACAACGGCCACCAUGUCCUCUACUCCAACAACCAUCACUCUGCACCUCCUCCAAGUGCACACCACAGGAGUCGGGAUAGGCACAGUCCCAGUCAUGCCAAAGAAAGAGAGAUGGAUCGAGAGGAAGGGGGCCAAUCCGCUCUCUCAACGCCUGCCCUCGCACCAACCCCCAGCUCACCUACAGUGCCCUCCUCCACCUCUAGGGAGGCUUUUCGAGUUGUAGAUGGGGAGGGUCGAGCUGUGCGAUCUUUCCGUUGUGAGCACUGCCGUGUGCUUUUCCUGGAUCACGUCAUGUUUACCAUCCACAUGGGCUGCCAUGGGUUUCGCCAGCCUUUUGAGUGUAACAUCUGCGGCCACCGCAGCCAGGACCGCUAUGAAUUUUCUUCACAUAUUGUCCGUGGGGAGCACAUAUUUGAUUGAAGACAAAGGGUGGACAUUCUGCUUCAUAUCUGCUUCAUUUUGUUUUUACACUGAGACAAGGACCUGGCUGAGUUUGAUCUGCAUACUGAUGACUAGACAACAACGAUCAUAUAUUUCAAAGAGCCUGAGGAACUGUUAGUAUUGAUGGGAGACUUAUAUGAGUGUUUCAUAAAUAUAAUAGUAGUCCUUAUUAAUCUUAAUGCACUUUGAAUAAUGAAACGUUAAAAAUGCACUUUAAUCUAAUCAAAUGUAAUCUUUAGUUGAUGAGCCAAAGCACUUUUUCAUCUGCACAUGUGCCUUGCUCUGAAAUUCAGGACCCAAACCUGAUGCACAAAUUAACGCUGACAAAUCUCACUUGUGUCCAGAACCUGAAAACUUCCACUGUCUUAUGCACUUUAACAGAGAUCUAAGAGAACACGGUCAUAUGAAGUUCACCUACAUUUGGAUCUGCAGAGUUUUAAUGCCUUGUUUUUUGAAAGAGCUUAUUUAAUACAGUAAUUUAGGUUUAGGGUCUGUCCAACAGUAUAUAGAAAACUGAAAACUUCAAGUAAUGCAGACCAAACUCAGAAACCAGGUCCUGGUCAAUUGGUUGUGUUUGACAGGACGUCCAUGAAUUAAACCGCACUUUUAUUUUUAAUGGGGUUGGGGUGGACAGAUCUCAGUGUGCGUUUGUGUGUGAGUGAAUGUGAGAGAGGGUGAACAUGUGAUAUCCUGUGUUUAUGGAAGUGUAUUUGAAUUAAGCAAGGUGGAAAAUGAAGGCCUUUGUGUGAAUGCAGUGUAAGGCAGUAUGAAAUGUUUGUGUUUUUUUCUUUUCUAUGACUGCUUUAAUUGCACUGAUACCUGCCACAAUACUUUAAUUAUAUUAAACUAUUUUAUGGAGUACAUUAAUGACCUGCACAUUUCUCUUAGAAUCAGAGGAAACUGAUGGAAAUGUUUUCUCAGUAGGAAAGCAGUAUGAGUUUCACUGCCACCAUUUAAGAGAUUACAGAAGAGGUCUGGAUCUUUACAAGUCUUAAACAUUUCCCUUGUAAACUGACAUCAAACUGAAAACUGACACUGAUCUAUGUUUGCUUUAUUUAGAGAUUAUUUGGGUGUUUUAUCUCAUUGUAUUGUGCCUUUCUUCACCCUGAUCACAGGCUGAAGGACAUGAACGACCACAGUCAUAUCAUAAACAGAUCAUUUUGGGGUGGGGGGGGUGGGGGGUAACAAACACGAGUCUAAAAAUUGCUUUAAGAUUUCAAAAUAAAGGUUCUGACUCAUAGCUUUGCACAACCAUAAUCCUCUAUAUAACAUAAAUCAUCACUGGUUUUCCUCAAAGAGUUGGCAAAAAAAAACAGCUCUGCAAAUUUAUCGAAAAUUUAAUGGCACUUGGCACAAGCUGCAAUGACUGCUAUGAAUGAAUGCUGUGUGGAGUGACAGUUUACGACCGUCCUAAUUGAAGAAAAAUUGUUUUAUUUGAAUCAUGUUUUAACAUUUCAAAUCAAAAUGUCUGCUUUUUACGAAUUUGACAGGUGGAGGGGGCUCUUUUUGAGGAAGUUUUGUCAUGUUUGAUCCAUAAGAGGUCUACCUUUUUAAAGUGUAGAAAUUAAGUGUAUGGCGGAAAAUCUUUUUGUUUGAAAAGCACUGAUAGCUUUUAAUUGCGUCUACUGAAAUGUUUAGAAAAUAUUAGAAAAACAAUUGUUGCUCGCACAUAUUGUCUGUGUUUGACCCAAGACAAAAUACUUCGCACUGCCCUGCAGAUUACCUUGUGAAGUCUUUGGCCCAAAAUGUGCCGACAGUUUUCUCAGUUUGUGAGAUUCAUUCAGUAAUAAUCAAACUUGACUUUUAUUGAUCUAAUGAGCUUGGGAAAGGACAAAAAAAAAGAGAUGAGAUUAGUAUGAACAUAUCACCAAAAACUGUUCCCACAUGGCUGAACCAAAGAGCCACCUCUUUUUCACUUCUAACUGAAGCACUUUUGCUUAAUAAGAGUGGCACAUAAGAAAAAAAGAGCAGAGCUGGGAUAUAUAUUUGUACAUAUUAAACAAAUAGACGAUCCUGUGUUUUUUUCUUUUGUUUUCCUUCCCAGCAAACUUGUGUAGAUGUUAAAAAUGACCUUGUUUCCAGUUUUUCUGCUACUUUUUGAAGGAUUUCUUUUUAAGUAAACAUUGUAAUCGUCAACCUUUGUUUAUUUUUGUGUGAACAACUUAUACAAGUUCUUGAGUGAAGCAAGAUUUUUUUUCUAAAUUUGGAAUCUUAACACACUGCUGUAUGAGGCAGCAAAGAAAGGUCAUACAUGAGACAAUGUACUCUAGUGUGUGUGUGCAUUGUUUCUGUCUCAAGCAUACCUUAAAGGUCAAAUUGUUCUCUUUCAGUUAUAUUUCCACCAUAAAACCAAUUGAACUUGCCUUAAUUCCAAAAAAAGAAACAAGACUGCUGUAGUGUCAUUUAACUGAAUCCAGAACACUUCAAUUUGACUGUGUUGUAAAUGAUUUAAUUCCAUAGCUGCAACGUUUGUUUUUCUGAGCAAAAUUCUUCAACCAAUGAGCUACACUAAACAUCCCAUUUCCCUGUGUACUCUUUGAAAAAGGCCACAGCUUUGACCUCCAGAAUACGUGUGAUUCUCUCCGUUUGUUUUCUCUUGUUGACUGUAGUGAUGUGCCUUUGGCCUGAGGUCCUCUCUGCAUUCUUACAUUUGUGUGAAAAUAGGUUUGCUGUUUUCUAAAUCCAACAUGACAAGACACUUAUUACAGGAAGCUCCACAGAUUUUUUUGUCAUGUGACUUUUCUGCCAUCGGCCGUAGUCUCACUAAAACCAACUGUAACCAUUGGCGAGAAUCUUUUUCAUUUUUACCACCAGUUGAUACAUGACACAUAGGUCUACAAAAAUAAAAGAAUUCAGACUGCUGGGAGCCCAAGAACUUGAGACAAGAUGUGCAAAACCCCUUAAUGGAGCUGAACUAUUUUGUUGACUUCCUUAUGCCUGUUCUCAAGAGCCUGUGGAUUGGCUUAUCCUUUCAGAAUUUGAGGUUUACAUCAAGCAUUGAAGUUCCUUUUUGACCAUGUUUAUUCCUGUUCACAGGACUGAGUUUGGAUGUUUCAUUUUAAUGUGUAACGUUUCUAUACCUGAUGCAUGUUAAUAUCAAAGCCGUCUGCUUCUCAGCCUCCUCCCCACCCCAACACACUCACAUUCUGUUGUAAUUCCAAGGACAAAUAAACUGUCUAUUCAAAUUCUAAAAGAAAA